GCCACAGCUCUGAAGGCCGGUGGGAGCAGUCAGGGUGUGCAGGUAAUGUCCUGUCCUAGAAGUGUUAUUGAGGACAAUGUAGGCUGUGCAGAUGCAUUGGGGUAUGGAGGAGGAAAGGAAGGCUGUCCAGAUUUGGGGAAUAGAGGGAGGAACAGAGGAAAAAGGUAGAAAUGUCUUAGUAUGUAGUUAGUAAGCUUCUGUUCUUGACACAAUGGUGUGAGAAGCCAAGCGUAACUGCUGGUUCCUCCCACUGUGUGCUGGGUACUAAUCCUGCAGCCUAGAGCACAGCAAGAGCUGCAGCAGAUCUCUUGUCAAAGCCAGUCCUCCAGCAGCUGAAGAAUGCACUGAACUGAGGGGUAUCUCUGUCACUGGGGGUGGAUUGUGUUUUUAGUGUACAGACACUGAGCUAUAAUGGAGGAAGUAUGGAAAGACCUAGGUGAAAUGGAAGGUGUUUUCCAAUUUUUAAAAAGAUCACUGACAGCAUUUGUUUAAUGUUUUUGAUAUUAAUUUCUCUAACCAUUUUGUGACAAGCUUGUCUUUGUACAUUUCUGGGAAUAUGACCAUUCCUGGUCUACUGCUCAUGGAUGUUCUAAACUUCUUACAGAGACUGAGACAUCCACUGGACAAGAAUCCACUUGUCCCUCCUGUGCAAAUCCUGCAUGCCUGUGGGAGCCCACAUGGUAUAUUUUGGUCUGUUUGGUGAAAUGUUAGUUUUUCAGUUACAGUGCAGUCAUACUCUCCAUAGUCAGUUCUAACAGUGCUGCUUCUUGAGUGAGAAGCUGGAAUGUAUUAUUUUGUGGAGAAACAAGUGGCAAUAGCACCUGUUAAGUUUAGUUUCCUUGCUGCUUAAUUUGUGGCAUCCAUGCUUUACUGUUUUUUAUCUCAUGGUCUGAGCAGUGCUUUGGCAUAGGAGUGGAUUAACUGUCCUCAAACCCUUUGGGUCUGCCUUUUUACUUCAGCUGUUAAUACUUCUUGUAAUCAGCCUAAAUGGCCUCUUCACAUUGCUCCCUUAUCUCUUAAGUGUUUAAAAUCCUUGCUUCAGCAUCUUUCGUAGUCCUGCUUCCAUCUAGAUGAUGGUACUUCUAGCAAGUGCCUGACAAUUACAUUUGAUGCUGGUGAGUCCAUUAUUUGGGAUUUCUUACCCUGCAAUUUCAGCUGCAAGAAGAGGAGGGGUAGAAGUUGUCAGAGUCUAUGUGCAAAUGGUGUUUCUUGGCUGACCCAGUCCUGCCGAAGAGCUCAAAACAAUAUUGUAACAGAGUUAAUAGGUAUCAUUUCAUUCUGGUCCCUGCUUCCAUCAGCCCACGCUGGACCAGACACACUCCAGAGCUAACAGCAAAAUGGGAUAAGCAGUCUUCCAUGAAGGUAAUGUUAGUGUGUGCUGAGCAUGCAUGCAUGCAGACUGGGGGGAGUGAUUAAUGCCCUGGGAAUCCACUCUGUGCCUGCUGCACAAUGCUGUUGUGUCAGGCCCAGAGCUUGGCACCAGGCAGGCCGUGGUCAGGCGCCAGGAACACGUUACCUGGUUUGUGCAGGAUCAGGCAGUGAGACAGAGCCUGUGUGUUCUCAGCAGGGCGAGUUCCUGCUGCGCCGCAGCUUCAUGCUUGCACAGUGAGGCUCUCUUUGGAUGCGGGUCUGUGCUGGGCGGGGGCAGGAGCCCUGCCAUCUGCAGUCCUGAGCUCCCCCAGCCUGGAAUCCCAGAGUGUGCUCAGUUGCGGCAGAGCUCUCCCUCCUUCCCUCUGGCAGGCAGGGAUCACCCAUCCUGGAGGUGAGAGGUGCUUGGCCAGCUGUCAGGAGCUGUGACUCACAGGGGAUCACAGGCGGAGCCCUGCUCUCCCUGCAGUCUGCUUUUCCUUCUGGAGCCUCUGCGUGAGCUGUUGCUGAAUGCUUGUUUUCUAGGGUGGAUCUGGAAGAAGCUCGGGUCCACUAUUAAGCCUGAAGAGUUGGACUCAGAGGUGAGUCGGACUGGAUAAACAGAACGGUCCCGUCAGCAGAAAGCCUUUCCCUGCCUGGAUCCCCCGCUGCACUCUCACUGGAAGUUGGCUGCCCCUCGUUAGCAGGGACGUAUUUCUCCUGCCUGUGUUAGCUUCCCCUCUUCCUGACACUCCGGGGCUCAGCCUUAGGCACUGACCUGCCUUCAGACCCUGCACAAUGGAGGCUGGCUCCGUGGUGCGGGCAGUCUUUGAUUUCUGUCCCAGCGUCUCUGAAGAGCUGCCCCUCUUCGUGGGAGAUGUCAUCGAGGUGUUGGCUGUGGUGGAUGAGUUUUGGCUCCUUGGCAAGAAGGAAGGUGUGACAGGGCAGUUUCCUAGCAGCUUUGUUGAACCUGUGGAUAUUCCCCCUUUGAAGCAGGGAGAAAAACUGUUUGUUUGUACCAAUGACUUCACAUCUCAAGAGCCAGGGAGCUUGUCAUUGCAGAGAGGAGACUUGGUGAUCCUGGGGGGGUCCCUGGCCUCCAGCUGGCUGCAGGGCCGAAGCAGCUGGGGUUCCAAGGGCUUUUUCCCCUCCUCAUGUGUGAGGGAGCUGUGCCUUUCAGUUCGGAGACGUCAGCUGUCCCAGAGCCCUCCCCUGGAGGUGCCUGCCUACUCCUUGGGCCAAGCCCAGGCCCUGAUGGACCUGUCUGCUCAGCUGGAGGAGGAACUGGACUUCAGGGAAGGGGAUGUGAUCAACAUUAUUGGUGUCCCAGAGCCUGGCUGGUUUGAGGGUGAGCUCAGAGGCUGCAGGGGCAUCUUCCCAGAGGGUUUUGUGGAACUGCUUACUCCUCUGCGAGCACCAGGAACCUCGGUGGAUCCAGAGCCCACAGGGACUUGUGACACCAAUGGAACAGUACAGGUGCCCUGCAAAGAUGACAAGGAGCCAGGGAGUACUUAUGGUGUUGCCCUCUAUCAGUUCCAAGCCCUGGAGUCCAAGGAACUGGAUUUUGAUGUGGGUGACAGGAUUCGGAUUGUAGGCGUUCUGGAGGAUGGCUGGUUGGAGGGGGAACUGGGAGGAAAACGUGGCAUCUUUCCACACAGAUUUGUGAGGCUGGAAGCCUCUGAGGCUUGCAUGGAAAAGGUGAGUGCUGGGGAUCUGCAAGGUGGAGGCAGUUGUGGAUUGAACAUCCAUCAAGAUCCAGAAAUCACUUGCUCUGAAACUUAUCCUUUACCCCAGAAAGACAGCAGGGAAAAGGAGGAUGGCUUGACUCCAUAUCCUGAGCCUUCCACCAUUUUGUCUCGCAAGGCAGGGAGGUCAGAGGAUCCUCUUGGCACUGACUUGAGACAGCCCCAGGCCUUUCCCAGCACAGGACACCAAGAGCCACAUCCUGAAGGCAUGGUGGGCUCAGUCCCCUCUAACCACACAAAGUCAGUCAAUGGCAUUCUCCCCUCUGCACAGCUGCCUCCCCCACAGGGCAACAGGCCUGGCCAAGCAGGUGAGCUGGAGCCUGGGGGGACUAUUUCAGCGACCCUAGGAAACUCAGAAACUCACUCCCUCCCUAAGCAUGAUGGAGACAGCUCCACUGUGCCCUUGCAGGCUCUCCACAUCCCCCAAAAUCCUUGCAGGAGCCAAGUGAUUUCAUCUGCUAAUAGCUGGGCAGCAUCCCAGCCCCAGGAGAGCCAGAGCAGGACCCAGGACCUAGACAAUUGGAUGGACAGUAAACUGGAGAAGUCCAAGCCCUGUUCCAGCUUAGGAACUGCCCAGGUGAGCCUGGACACACGGGCUGGGAGCUGGGGGGAGUGCUGCCCUCCUGCAGUGCAGGGGGACAGCUGCACGGACCUGGACUCCAAACUGACGGAGCAGCUGGCCCAGUUUGAGAAGAGUCUGUCAAGUACUGGUGCAGAGCAGGACAAGGUCUCCCGCCACUUCUCCAUCUUGGACUACAGCUCUGAGAAGGACAUUGUCCGUGGGUCUCCUGAAUCUGGGUCCCACUCCAGGCAGGCAGAGAGGAGAAGGGCCCUGAGGCCACCCCCUCCUCGGCCCAGCAGCCUGGCGACAGCCGCUGUGCACGGGCAGGGUGGCCGGGUGCCCAAAGGCAGGUCUCUGUCCUUCUCGGUCAAACCCUCCCGGCCUGCGCCCCGGCCUCCAUCCAGCAGCCAGCGGAGAAACGUGGCCCCUGCACAGCUUCAGCCCAGCACCCCUGAGCAGCGAGUGGAGGAGGGAUGUGAGGACUUGACACAGGCAGGAUCGGCCUCCUCCAGCUCCAUCCUGAUGACUAGAAUUGGAGAGGUGGAGAGAGAUCUGGAGGCGUACAGCAAGACCCGUGCUGAGCUAAGCCUGAUGCUGGAGGAGCAGCAGGAUGAGCUGGUGAGAGCAGAGACCAUGGAAAACCUUGAUUUCUGUGACUCCAACAUUGAGAGCCUCAGCAUGGAGCUGCAGGAGUUGAGAGAGAUGACUCUCCUGUCCUCCCAGACACCAUCCCUGGAGCCAUCCUCGGCCACCACUGAGAGCGCAGAGCAAAGGAUGCUGGAGAAGAGGGCCAAGGUUAUUGAGGAACUGCUCCAGACAGAGCGGGACUAUAUCCGAGACCUGGAGAUGUGUGUGGAGAGGAUCAUGGUGCCCCUGCAGCAGGCACAGAUGCAGAACAUAGACUUUGAGGGCCUUUUUGGAAACAUCCACAUGGUAAUAAACUUCUCCAAGCAGCUGCUGUCCGCCUUGGAGGCUUCAGAUGCCAUCGGACCAGUGUUCCUGACACAUCGUGCAGAGCUGGAGAGUGUCUACAGGGUGUACUGCCAGAACCAUGAUGAGGCCAUUGCACUGCUGGAAACCUAUGAGAAGGAUGAGAAGUUGCAGAAACUACUUUUGGACCUGCUGGAUAGCCUCAGGAGCCUGUACAGUGAAUGGGGUUGCACAAACUACAUUAACCUGGGCUCCUUCCUCAUCAAGCCAGUGCAGAGGGUGAUGCGGUACCCGCUGCUGCUGAUGGAGCUGCUGAGUGCUACCCCCGAGGCUCACCCUGACAAGGCACCACUCACGGCUGCUGUCCUCGCCGUCAAAGAAAUCAACGUCAACAUCAACGAGUACAAGCGCCGGAAGGACCUGGUGCUAAAGUACAGAAAAGGGGAUGAGGAUAGCCUCAUGGAGAAGAUCUCCAAGCUCAACUUCCACUCUAUCAUCAAGAAAUCCAACCGUGUGAGCAGCCACCUCAAGCACCUCACAGGCUUUGCACCCCAGCUAAAGGAUGAAGCCUUUGAAGAGACAGAGAAGAACUUCCGGAUGCAGGAGCGUCUGAUCAAGUCCUUCAUCCGGGACCUUUCCCUCUACCUGCAGCAUGUCCGGGAGUCAGCUUGUAUGAAGGCACUGGCAGCAGGGAGCAUGUGGGACCUGUGCACAGAGAAGGGAAGUGGGGACUUGGACCAGUUCCAGAAAGUGAAUCGUCUCAUCAGCGACCAGCUCUUCUCCAGCUUUAAAGAGCGGACGGAGCGGCUGGUGAGCUCGCCCCUGAGCCAGCUGCUGAGCAUGUUUGCGGGGCCCCACAAGCUGGUGCAGAAACGCUUCGACAAGCUGCUGGACUUCCACAACUGCACCGAGCGAGCGGAGAAGCUGAAGGACAAGCGAACGCUGGAGGAGCUGCAGUCAGCCCGCAACAACUACGAGGCCCUCAAUGCCCAGCUGCUGGACGAGCUGCCCAAGUUCCUGCGCUUCGCCAAGGAGCUCUUUGCCAGCUGCCUGCGGGGCUAUGCCGAGGCACACUGCGACUUCGUGCGCCUGGCCCUGGAGGAGCUCAGACCCCUGCUGUCGUUGCUGAAGGUGUCUGGCAGGGAAGGGAACCUCAUUGCCAUCUUCCAGGAUGAGCACAGUCGAGUCCUCCAGCAGCUCCAGGCCUUCACCUUCUUCCCAGAGUCCCAGGCAGCUCCCAAGAAGACUUUUGAAAGGAAAAGCAUGGAACGGCAGUCUGCCCGGCGGCAGCCCCUUGUUGGCUUGCCAACCUACUUCCUGCAGUCGGAUGACAUCCGCGCUGCCCUCCUGGCCCGCUACCCCCCAGAGAGUCUCUUCCAGGCAGAGCGCAAUUUCAAUGCUGCCCAAGACCUGGAUGUCUCCCUGUUGGAAGGAGACAUUGUGGGCGUCAUCAAGAAGAAGGACCCCAUGGGCAGCCAGAAUCGCUGGCUCAUAGACAAUGGGGUGACCAAAGGCUUUGUGUACAGCUCCUUUCUGAAGCCCUACAACCCCCGCCGCAGCCAGUCGGAUGUCUCUGUGGGCAGCCACUCUUCCAACGAGUCGGAGCACAGCAGCUGCUCUCCCCAAAGCAACGCCACCCUGACCUUCAGCCCCAGUGGGGCGGCCGUCACCUUCACUCAGAAACCCCUGCAGGACUCUGUCUCCCCGGCAGAUGUGGAGGCGGACUCCCCCUCUGUGCCCCAGCUUGGCUCUGGUGACAGGAUGGCCCCGCUGGCUGGCACCGUGACAUCUCGGCGCCGCCACAGCCGCCCUGAGCAGGGCUGCAGCCCCAGCUCUCGCAACGGGCACCCCACCAAAGCACAUCUCAGGUCCACACCCUCCGUGGAGGACAGAGACUCAGGGCUGGAGAACAGCGAGUCAGAGGGCAACCAGGUCUACUACGCUCUCUACACCUUCAAAGGCCGAAACACCAAUGAGCUGAGUGUGUCAGCUAACCAGAGACUCAGGAUCCUGCAGUUUGAGGACAUCACAGGCAAUCAGGAGUGGUGGCUUGCCGAGGCCCACGGGAAGCAGGGCUAUGUGCCCUCAAGUUACAUCCGGAAGACAGAGUACACGUGA